AUGUCUGCACUUUCCAAUGGCGUCGCUACCACUGCCUCGUCGUCGUCGUCGUCCAUGCCCAUGCCCAAGCUGGCUACCACCAAGAGUAGCAGCACCACCACGCCGCCGAAUCCCGCCCUGACCAUGGCCACCGCAAAGGACGGCCCUGCCGGCGCGCUGCGCGAUGCAUCGUCCGCCGCCGAGAUCCGAGCCACGCUCGCUGGCCUACACACGCGCGAGUCCGCCCUCAGCUCCCGCCUCACCGCCCUUGUCGCCGCGCAGCAGGACAUCUCGCGCUCCCUCGCCCGCCUCGACAACCUGCGUGCCGGCCUGGGCGCCCAGGUUAUCGCUACGCGCGGCAUUAGCAAUUCCAUGCUCGCGGGCGCCUCCGAGACGGCCGCCCACCUAUCGAGCCGCGUGCGGACGCUGGAUCUCGAGAAGCAGCGGGUCGAGGACACGCUGCGCGUCGUUGAGCAGGUCGCCGAGCUCAAGGCCUGCGUGGCCGGUGUCGUCGGCAGCAUGGGUGCCCCGCAGGACUGGGAGGCCGCCGCUGGGUACAUUGCUCGCGCCGCCAAGGUGCCCGAGGACAUUGCCCGCGGCGGCUUCGCGGCCGCCGUGGUGCCCACCGUCGAGGUGCCCGACCCGCCGUGGGUGACGCUCGAGACGUCCAAGGAGAGCCUGUGUGGCCUGUUCCUGCGCGAGUUUGAGCGCGCCGCUGCCGAGAGCGACUGGGCCCGCGUCACUCGCUUCUUCAAGCUGUUCCCGCUGAUCGGGAGGGGCGAUGUCGGCCUCGACGUCUACGGGCUCUAUGUCUGCCAGGGCGUGGCCGGCACGGCCAGGGCGGUGCUCAAAGAGGGUGGCGGGCAGGGGAAGAAGGACGGUUUGUUCUAUGCCAAUGCCUUGACGAGGCUGUUCAAACACAUUGCCGACAUCGUCGAUGGGCACGGUAGCUUGGUCGAGAGAUACUACGGCGCUGGCAAGAUGAUCAAGGUCAUCGAGAGGCUGCAAGUCGAGGCUGACGUCCAGGGCGGCAUAAUCCUUGACUCGUGGACAGACGAGCGGGCCGUGACCAGGAGACUGACAGAUGUCAAGAGUUACCCCUUUUCCUUCCUCGUGCAGAGCUUCCUGCCGCAGAGCCGGGGAUAUGGAGGCACACCACGCGUCAACUCUCCGGCUCAGGGUAACCAGGUCAACGAGACCCGCAAUAGCGAGGAUGAAGGUGUCAAUCUGAAAGAGGUGGACGGUUUAAUAACUGAAAUUGCUGCGAUACUGGGCCAGUGGUUCUUCUACUCCCGCUUUCUCGCUGCAAAGUGCAAGGACAUCGGAUCACCUGAAGAUGCACCGCUCAGGAUUCCCGAUGUUCUUACUGACUCUAACCUAAGCAAAAAGGUAUCUUCAAAGCUCGUGGAGCCGUACAAGGUGCUCACCCAGUUCUUCAUCCGGCGGUCGGUUGAGAAGGCGUUCCAGCUGGACGAGUCGCCGGCUGGGCUGUCUCUAAGCAUGAGCAGACACAUUGAGAGCAACCCCCCUUUCAUCAUCUCGGCCGUUGACGAUGUCAUGUACAUUGUCAACACGGUCAUAUUCAAAUCCAUAUCCACAUCUCAGAGGGCUGUUGUAGAUCACGUCAUCCCAUUGAUCUCGACCCUCCUAGGAAACGACUUUAUCGGCAUGAUCCAGCGGAAGAUGCGCGACGAGUCAUAUCCCAGAGCUAUCGUGCAAGGCGGCUUCCCGCCCGAGGACAGGAUCGUCGCCUUCAUUGUGCUCAUCAACAGUCUGGACAUGUCCAACGAAUACAUCUCCCGUAUUGUCACGGGCCUCUUGGGGGCCUCAGGACAAACCAACGGGAGCGUGGCUGAUGCAGCCCAACAACAAACCCAGUCCUCCCUCAAGGAGGCUUUCCCUUUCAAAAACGACGCCAAGGACGUUGCUACCCGACUCAACAACCUGAACACGUCCUUCUCGUCUAGAACUACGGAGCUCCUUAAUGAAGGCAUUUCGGUGCUCUUUGAGCGGGUGAUCAAGCCGCGGCUGCGGCCAGUGCUGACGGACACGUUCCGCGACGCCGACUACACGCUGACGGAGGACGAGCUGGCCGAGAUUGCAGCGCAGAACGAGGAGGACGAGGACGACGUGUUGGAGCAGGUGCCGCGGCGCUUCGAGCACGGGUGGGACGCGCUCAUGAAGCCCGUGGCGCGGCUCAUGACGCCGCGCACCUUCUCCAUGGUGCUGGACCGGACGGCGCGGUACCUAGCAGGCGUGCUCGAGAAGCGCGUCUGGAGCUACGCUGGCGGCCGCACUAGCCCCUAUGGCGCCGUGCGCAUGGAGCGCGAUUUCAACGGCAUUGUCGGCGCCAUCACAAAGGGCAACUACUCCGUCCGCGAGCUCUUCGCCAAGACCACCCAGAUCCUCAUGGUCGCCAACAUGGAGGAGGACGAGUGGGACGAGCUCGUCGCUGCCGAGGAAGAAGACCCUGGCGGUGCCAUGUUAUGGGUCCUUACCGAGGACGAGAGGAGGAAGGCGAGGACCAUGGUCAAGGCUUGA